ACUAAACAAUGGCGUUGAGUACGUGGAAAAGGAAAUACAAUCUCCGAGACAGGGAAGAGUGUACUCGGCGUGAAAGCGACAAGUCUGGGGACGAAAUGUCUGACGAAGAGAGUGAAAUGUCGUCUGUUGACUCUGAAGCAGAGGCAAUGGCGCUGGAGGGAGGAGACAUUAUCAUCAAGCAAUUAUCUGAGUCGGAUGAGGAUUGGCAGCCGAUUACUUCACCACUAAGAAAAUGGCAGCAUAGAGUGAAGCAGGAAGAAACAUCAGAUGAUUCCCCGACUCCAGAAAGAGAUUCUGCCAGCAGGAAAAGACCAGGAGGCAGAGGACGAGGGAGGGGCAGGGGGAGAGGAAGAGGGACAGGUGGUGGUGGCAGCAACAGUAACAGUAGUAGUCAAGAUUGGUUGUCAUCCAGCACAUCUGGAGAGAGAUGGAAUGAUGUAGAUGAUCCAGACAUAACACCACCACAACCCAUCUUCACACCCUCUCAUUCGCCAGGACCCCAACUCUCACAUACAGCUAUGUACACAACCCUACAGCUUUUCCAACUUUUUUUUACUAACUCUGUUUUACAGACAAUAGUGCAGAACACCAAUGACUUUGGCUCGAUUCAUCGCUCAACACCUUCAGUCCCGUGGAUUGAUCUGACAUUACAGGACAUGUUUUCAUUCAUGUCCUUGGUCAUCUAUAUGGGUGUAGUAAAAUGCUCUGCAUUUACUGAUUACUGGCGAGGGGGUAAACUGUACAGCCUGCCAUUCCCAAGACAGGUAAUGACUGGUAAGAAGUUUCUCAGGAUGUGCCAGUCCCUUCACCUCAGUAGCUCAGUGGCGGAUGCUGCCAAUGAGAAAAGAAGAGGCACACCAGCCUUCGACCGUCUCUGCAGAAUAAAGCCACUCUACGAGCAGAUGAGGGAUGCCUGCAAAAGGAACUAUCACCCUAGCCAGGAAAUUGCCAUUCAUGAGCGACUGUUUGGGUCCAAAGCCAGUACUACUCAGUGUACGAAAAAUAAGCCUGUUUGCCAGGGAUAUAAACUCUUUGUUCUGGCGGACUGCAGGAACGGUUAUACGUGGGACUUUUUUGUCCACGGUGGAAAGUUACAGAGACACCGUGGUAAGGGGCUCAGUUAUGAGUCAGUGAUGGAACUAACAGACACACGACUGCUGGGCAACGGCUACAAGCUCUUUGUUGACAGUUUUUACACAAGUCCCACCCUUUUCAGUGACCUCCUUGAGAAGAAGGUCUGGGCAUGUGGAAUGACCACGAACAGAACCGGGUUCCCUAAAACAAAAGUCAACAGUCUGGACCCAAAAUCAUCCCGUGGCAGCAUACGCUGGAUCAGGAAAGACUCCCUGCUCUUUCUCCAGUGGCGAGACUCAAAAGAUAUCUUCAUGUGUUCAACACUCCACACAGCCCAUGCAGAGGACACAGUGCGAAGGACUGUCAAAGAUGCAGAUGGGUAUCUGACGUUGAAGGACAUCCCAGUUCCACCAGCAGUGAAGGAGUACAACCGAUGCAUGGGUGGAGUGAACCUCUAUGCUCUGAUGGACUACUACAAAGUCCUCCACAAGACCCGGAAGUGGUAUAAGACGUUCUUUUAUCAUUUCAUGGACAUUGCUAUUGUGAACGCCUUCCUCCUCCACAAAGACAUUACAAAAGCUAAGGGACAGGUACCUAUGAACCAGAAGGCAUUCAGAGAGACCCUUGCAGAGGAGCUUGCAGAAGUGGGGUCUCCUUCCACAGCCAGACCUGUACCAUCUCCUGCUCCACACAGUGCACACCACAGGCCAGUGCACAUCAGUGGGCACAGCACCACUGGUCGGCUGAAGUGCAGGCAGUGCCAUGCAAAGACACCACUGAAGUGCUCCUCCUGUGAUGUGCCUUUGUGCUUUGUCCCUGGUCGUGACUGCUACAAUGAAUGGCAUGUUAGCAAUAACUUGUAAAAGGAAUCAAUGUAGAUUAUGUAAAUAGUUUGCUGUGUGUUAAAUUUUAUAUAAACUGCUUUUCUACAGUA